CUCCUUGCAAACAUUUCAAACACCCAUUUCAUUCUUCCCACCCUUAAAAUUUACAGCCAAGAAAAAAAAAAAUACUCUAAUUUCCAACCAAUAGAAAAGAAGAAAAAGAUCAUUAGUAUUCAUAUCAAAAAAAAUGGAUGCUAAAAGAUGUUCUAGUAAUAAUCUUCCUCCUGGUUUUAGGUUUCAUCCUACUGAUGAAGAAUUAAUCAUACACUACCUUAAAAAUCAAGCCAUGUCUAAGCCUUGCCCUGUUUCAAUUAUUCCUGAAAUUGAUAUAUACAAGUUUGAUCCUUGGCAAUUACCCGAUAAGGCAGUCUUUGGUGAAAAUGAAUGGUACUUCUUUACUCCAAGAGAUAGGAAAUAUCCGAAUGGAAUCCGACCCAAUCGAGCGACGUUAUCGGGUUAUUGGAAGGCCACGGGUACGGAUAAAUCCAUAUAUAGUGGAGCUAAGUAUGUUGGUAUUAAGAAGGCUCUUGUGUUUUACAAGGGGAGACCUCCUAAGGGUUCUAAGACUGAUUGGAUUAUGCAUGAAUAUCGUUUAACUGAGACUAAACAUCUACCUAUCAAGCAACAUGGAUCCAUGAGGUUGGAUGAUUGGGUGCUAUGUAGAAUAUACAAGAAAAGGCAUGUGGUAAGGGUAGAGGAGAAAACAGAGGAAUUAGCUUCACCACAAGGGCAAUUAAGCAUUGGAGGAGAAAGCAAUGUUUCUAGUGAUCAAAAUCAACAACCAUUGAAGUUCCCAAGGUCUCAAUCAUUAUCUUACUUAUUGGAUUUGGACUAUUUGGGCCCAAUUGCCCACUUAUUAAAUGACAACACAUCAUAUAAUGAAAGCUUUGAUCACCAAACAAGCAUGGGAAGUAAUGUUAUUAUGGACCCCAAUAUGGGCCCAAUAUUGUCAUACCCGAAUACUAUUGGAUUAAGCUACCACCAGAUAAAUGGGAACCCAUUUUAUAAAUAGGAGUAGUUUUAUAAAGCACCUCCUAGAUUGUUAUGCAACAUACAUGUGCAUAGUGAAUAUAGUCUUAGGAACUCCAAUUGUAAAUAUUAUUGUUCCUUGAUCAAAUGUUGGUUUUCUUGUUUUUUUUUUUUUUUACCUCAAAGUAGAGAUUACUAAUAUUUCUUUUGAUGAUUUCUGUAAAUAUUAGAGGUGUAAUUAAUAGGUAUGAAUAAACUAAUUAUAUGA